AUGACAAGAAGUAAUGGUAGAAAUACUUUACCUGGUACACCUUUAAGUUAUGAUUUAUUUGAAUUGGAUGAAUAUUUACCUUCACAAUUUGGAUCAUCUUAUGGUAUUCUUGAUGAAAGUAUUGAAUUAGAUUGGGAUAAUUCAUCACCACCUUCUUCUCUUCCAAUGACGCCUUCUCAAUCUCUCCCUUUGUUAUUAUUUGAUGAUGAUGAUUUAUUGGAAAAACAAUUACUUUUAGAAGAAGAAAGAAGAAUUUUGUCAAUUCAAAAACGUCAAUUGGAUAAUGCAAUUCAUCAAUUACAACCAAUUGGUACACCAGUUAGAAGAAAUAAUAAUUCUUUAUUAAUAUGGAAUGAUGAUGAUACUACUAACCUUCAUCAUAUCCCUUCUAAUAAGUUAAAUCAACAACAUCUUCGAAUGACAAUGGUUUGA